AUGGCCAUCCGUGUGGGAACAGCUUCACCCAAUACCCAGGCCACAACCCCCCUCACCAUCGCCCACCUCCACGACAUCGUCUCCCGCGCCGCCGCCCAGCGCAUCGACAUCCUCGUCCUGCCAGAAGCCUUCAUCGGCGGCUACCCGCGCGGCACGUCCUUUGGCUGCGUCGUCGGCAGCCGAACCGCCGAGGGCCGGGAAUCCUUUGCCCAGUACUUUGACAAGGCAAUCGAUCUCGGCGACACCGUUGGCGAUGGAAGUGCCGGGGCGGGCGUGAAGUGGGUGAGGAGGGAGUUGCCUGGUUACGAGCUCGGCGGCAGCGGUCGAGGCGAUGGCUCGCGAGAGGAGUUGGAGCGGAUUGCGCGGGAGACGGGCGUCUUUUUUGUGACGGGGUGCAUUGAGAAGGCGGGAGGCAGCUUGUACUGCGCGGCGGUCUAUGUGUGUCCCAAGGAGGGCAUCAUGGGCAAGCGUCGCAAGGUGAUGCCGACCGGCACCGAGCGUCUCAUGUGGGCUCAAGGCCAUCCCUCAACCCUCCGCGCCGUCACGACCUUCAUCCGCGGCCAACGCAUCAACCUCGCCGCCGCCAUCUGCUGGGAAAACUACAUGCCUCUCCUCCGCCAAUCCCUCUACGCCCAAAACAUCAACCUCUACCUCGCCCCCACCGCCGACGGCCGCGAAGGCUGGCUCAGCCUGAUGCGCACCAUCGGCAUCGAGGGCCGCUGCUUCGUCGUCAGCAGCAACAUGUGCGUCCGGGGCGAGCCGGACUCCGCCGACGCGGGCGACCGGGAUGUCGUGCCGGUGACCGGGGGCUCGAGACGGAGCGGCCGGAAGAGCUCCGCGGUCGUUGCCGACGACGGCUUCGAGUUUGCGGUGCCGCCGCCAAAGGUGAGGCACGGGCGGCGGAAGAGCGUGUUUGACGAGGACGGCAACGAGAUUGUGCUGUCUUGCCCGGCGGAUAACGGCGAGAAGCAGGGAGAGGAGCAGUCGCGAAAGUCAGACGAGCAGCAGAGGAUGCAGCAGCUGCAGAACUAUCAACUCCCCAAAGUACAAGAAGACGAACCAGUCCAGCAACAAAACCAAACUCAGCCCGCCGCCGCUCCCAAAGCUCCGCACUUCCUCUCUCGCGGAGGCUCUUCCAUCGUGUCUCCGUUUGGCGAUGUCCUCGCUGGUCCGCAGUGGGAAGACGAAGAUGGCAUCAUUUUCGCCGACAUUGACCUGCGUGAUUGUAUCCGCGGCAGACUCGAUCUGGAUGCGGCGGGAAGCUACUCGAGAAACGACGCAUUCAAGCUGACGGUUGACGGCUUGGACCUGGAUCCGCUGCCGUAUUGA